AAUACAUCGCAAUUUUCUCUCAUCGUCAUCUUCUUUCUUCCUCAGCUCCCCCACUUCAAUGGCCGCAGCAGCCGUUGCCUGUUGGUUCUCUGCCAUCACCUCCACCGGGACCUCUCGUUACUCUCUAUCCUCCUCCCAACGCCUCUUCUCCACGCCUCACACGCCCAAUCAUCGUCUGUUCGUCACCAAAGCCUCCAAUGACAAGAAGAAAUCUCCCCGUAAAUCCGCCAAAGAGACAGAAGGUAUAUUGCAGAAGAAGUCUACUGGAAAAUCAAAAGAUGAAAGACCUUGUGCAAAUGCCGAUGGCAACAGUGUUAGAAGCAAUGCAGGGCAACCUCACUCAACAGCAUUUAAAUCAUUUGGUGCGCAGAUUAAAGAUGCAAAGGGUUUUCUUGUAAAUGACCAGCAGGUUGAAACAGGUAAUUUUCAAGAUGCAACUUGUCUUAAUGCUGUAGUGAAGGUUUACUGCACCCACACCGAGCCUGAUUAUUCUCUCCCUUGGCAGAAGCAGAGGCAAUAUACAAGUACUGGAAGUGCAUUCAUCAUCGGGGAUGGAAAGCUUUUGACAAAUGCACAUUGCAUUGAGUAUGGUACGCAGGUAAAAGUAAAGAGAAGAGGAGAUGAUACAAAAUACGUGGCUAAGGUUUUAGCCAGAGGUGUUGAAUGUGACAUAGCUUUGCUUUCAGUAGAAAGCGAGGAAUUUUGGAAAGGAGCUGAAUCGCUUCAACUUGGACACUUGCCUCGUCUUCAGGAUGCAGUAACUGUUGUAGGAUAUCCCCUUGGAGGAGAUACCAUUUCAGUGACUAAGGGAGUGGUAUCGAGAAUAGAGGUCACAUCUUAUGCUCAUGGAUCAUCUGAAUUACUUGGUAUUCAAAUUGAUGCGGCAAUCAAUCCUGGUAAUAGUGGUGGUCCUGCUUUUAAUGACCAGGGAGAGUGCAUUGGGGUAGCCUUUCAGGUUUACAGAUCUGAUGACGCUGAGAAUAUUGGUUACGUAAUUCCCACUACGGUAGUUUCUCAUUUUUUGGAAGACUACAAGAAGAAUGGGAAGUACUCUGGGUUCCCUUGCCUUGGUGUUUUGUUGCAAAAAUUGGAGAAUCCAGCAUUACGUGCCUGCUUGAAAGUUCUAUCUAAUGAGGGUGUCCUGGUGAGAAGAGUUGAGCCCACUUCAGAUGCCAUUAAUGUCUUGAAGGAGGGUGAUGUUAUUGUAAGCUUUGAUGGCGUUAAUGUAGGGUGUGAAGGAACAGUACCCUUCCGCUCGACUGAGCGUAUUGCGUUUCGGUACCUCAUUAGUCAAAGAUUUGCAGGUGAUGUAGCAGAGCUUGGAAUUAUUAGAGGAGGAGCUUUAAUGAAGGUUCAGGCAGUUCUAAAUCCACGUGUGCAUUUGGUGCCAUAUCACAUCGAAGGAGGCCAGCCUUCAUAUUUUAUAGUUGCUGGUCUGGUGUUUACCCCUCUGUCGGAUCUACUUAUCGAGGAGGCAUCUGAAGAAAGCUUAGGUUUGAAAUUACUGGCAAAGGCGCGAUACUCCUUGGCAACGUUUAAAGGGGAACAGAUUGUGAUACUAUCGCAGGUCUUGGCUGAUGAAGUAAAUAUUGGAUAUGAGUCGAUGGAAUAUAUGCAGGUUUUGAAGUUCAAUGGGACACGAAUAAAGAACAUCCAUCACCUAGCUCAUCUGGUUGAUUCAUUCAAGGGCAAGUACCUAGUUUUUGAGUUUGAAGACAAUUACAUCUCCGUUUUGGAAAGGAAGGCCUCCGCUGCUGCCUUAUCUGACAUUCUCACGGCCAACAGCAUUUCAUCUGAAAGAUCUCCGGAUCUUUUGGAGCCCUAUGUGGAUCCCACAGGAAACAACCAGGCAUAUGAUCACCAAGGUUAUGGAGACAGUCCCGUUUCAAAUUCGGAAUUAGGCUUUGAUGCGCUUAUUUGGACCUAAUCACUAAUUCGAUAAAGCAGUGCACCUAAGACCGUCACUGCAGCCAUUUUUCAAGGGCGAUUGGAGGUUGCAGCUUGCAGGCCACUGGAAAAUCAUCUGUACCAUAGAGCUCAUUUUUCAGGUACAUCAUCUUUUUACAUGCCAACUGUUCCAAGUUUCGGCAUUCAUUUAUUCAAUUAUUUGGGGGAGGGCAUAAAUGUAUACUGAAGUAGUGGUCAUGAGCAGCCUCAGAAAGCAUUGCUGUACUUAUCUUUGUGAUGGUGAUCCGAAUUUUGAUUUAAUUUGAUAGGAAAUAGGAUUAAUCCAGUUCUGCAAUGUUACAUGCACAGUUACUUUCAUUUUCCUAUCAUUAGUCACUACAGACAAGAAAUCUAUUAUAACUUUCACUUAGGUUUGGUGGUAAUUGGAAGUUCUAUUUUGGUGCAACCCCGUUAUCACCUCUCGCUUUUUUUGUGAGUCUACUACUGCUAUCCCAUGUCAGUUGGAUUAAUAUUUAUUUUGGGUAAGUUGUAGAUUUAUGAGUACCUUGGGUUAUUUCAGUUUAGCCUCUGCAUCAUGUUUCACCAUACCAUGGUAAUCUUCACGUGUUCCAGAACCUCCCCCCUCCUCCCCCACAAAGAAAAUAAAUAAAAUACAUGAAAAGCCCAAAUAGCAAUCUUGUCCGGUUGUCCCUUAGCACAAACAUAUAUGCUUGCCAAGCUGUAUCAGCAGUAGAUACCCCAAUAGUCUUUUGCCACCUUCCAUUCCUUCCCCCACCAUAACUUUUCACCAGCCUUUUAAGCUUCAAUCAUGAGACUCAUGACUUCUCUCUCAUUGUGCAUCUCUCUCUCUCAUUGUGCAUCUCUCUCUCUCUCUCUCUCUCUCUCUCUCUCUCUCUCUCUCUCUCCCCGGUGCAUUUACCAUUUUUCCUGCUUCCUGGUAAAGAGUGUUGAUUUUAUUUUCUUUGAAUGGCUUCCAUGAGGGCACAAUUCACAUGGGUUACGAUUCUCAUUGCAUGUUCGUCUUCACUAGCCUUACCAACCUCGACCAUUUCAGCUGCACCAGCACAUCUGCCAAAUCCGUCUCUACCCUUUUCUUCCCCGACCUUGUCUCCAGAUAUUACUCCACUCUUCCCUUCGCCAGGUGGAGCAGGGCCCCCUCCAGCUGAGUCCCCACUCCCCACCAUUCCUUCCAGCCGGAGCCCUCCGGAUCCGUUCCAAGUGGUUGCUCCAGGGCCAAGCAUGGCUGAUUCGCCAUUUGGGUUUCCACCACCUCCUUCCUCAGUUGCUCUGGGCGUGUCUGUCUCUCCACAUUCAGUUAUAUUUCUGGGUUUUGUGACAUUUUUGUUGAUGCAGCUUUCUGUUGUGUAAAGGUAUUUCAUGCACAGCUUUAUGAUUUGUGAGGGAUUGCUGGUGGGGGCCUCCAAUAAUUGUAUGGUUUCACUUUCUCUUCUGUGUUUAUUUUAUCUCCCCCAAGUGUAUUUUAUGUGCCUUUGAGGCGUUUUUUUCAGAUUAAAAAAAAAAAAAACUGUAUUGUAUGUCA